UUAUGUCUUACUCAGUAUUCUGUGGUGAUUAGUGACAAAUGUGAAUUAAAGCUACAAUAUUUUUAUUUUUAUGACUAAACUGCAGUUAUCGUAAUAAAGUGGGUUUUAUUGCUUAUUUCAUUUUUUUGCUUGGAAAUGGAAGACGAAUUAGAGGAUCGAGUUUUACAUCAAACAUAUUUGUCUUUUAUGAAAAUUUUGUCGCGCUUUAGUAGCAGUGUUGCUUUAGACACCCCAACGAGCUAUUUCUGGAAGAUGGUGCGUCUUUAUUUAUUGCGCUCGGAAGUGCUCAUUUUCACGUUUGGAAUAGUAGUAGUCUUCAUGUACUUACAAACAAUAGGAUUAUGGAGCCGCACGUUACUAAGCAGGCUAUCUCAUGCCGUAAAUCCAAUAAAUGCAGUCCAAAGAAUGAAGUUGAUGGAAGGCUCGGAUGCGGACAAACAGAGUUGGGAGCUAAAGGGGUCAUUGAGUGCGGUUUAUGCAAUUAGAGGAAGGAGAAUGCACAUGGAAGAUAAGUUUAUAAUAAAUGAAAAUAUAAAUGACACAGGCAUUUCUUUAUUUGCUAUAUUUGAUGGACAUGGCGGCGAAUUUGCAGCUAAUUAUGCUAAAGAACAUCUAAUACAAAAUCUGUACAAUAAGGUUGUAGAGUUGAGUGCAUUUAAAGAUGGAAAACUUCCCGAGACCCCAAAAAUUGAAAGCCCAGAUGAACAUAAGAAAGAAGAGACAGAAAAUAAUAUAAGUGUUGAAAGAAAAAGUAGUUUUAAAAAGUCUGUGAGUACUGCUGAUGAUACUUCUAAAAAGGAGAUUACAGACCCACAACUUUUAGCUCAAUUAAAUAAAGCGAGACCAAUUACAAGAGAAGUAAGACCAAUAAAACCAGUAAAAAAUGUGUCUGUACCCUUGUCAAGUUAUAUUUUAAAAGGAAAAAUUAAUUAUGGUAAAUUGUUGACUGAUGAAGUUCUAGCUGCAGAUCAAUUGCUUGUUGAAGCUGCCAAACGUUCUAUGAAUGUUGCUGGAACAACUGCUCUGAUUGCUAUUUUAGAAGAUAAUAAUCUUAUAGUUGCCAAUGUGGGAGAUUCAAGAGGUGUUAUGUGUGAUUCCCGUGGAAAUGCUAUUCCAGUGUCCUUUGACCACAAACCACAACAGGUUCGAGAACAAAAAAGGAUAGAAGCUGCCGGUGGCUACAUAGCAUUUAAUGGAGUCUGGAGAGUAGCUGGAAUCUUAGCUACAUCUCGAGCAAUGGGUGACUAUCCAUUAAAAGAUAAAAACUUUGUUAUUGCUAAUCCUGACAUUUUAACAUUUAAUUUAGAAGACCACAAGCCAAUGUUUUUAGUUCUUGCCUCAGAUGGUUUAUGGGAUAUCUUUUCAAAUGAAGAAGCUGUUAAAUUUAUUAAAGAAAGAUUAGAUGAACCAGACUUUGGAGCAAAAAGUUUGACACUCCAGGCUUACUAUAGAGGUUCUGUUGACAACAUCACAGUAUUAGUUAUUAAUUUUAAGCAAGAGAAAUAUUCCACUGCAAGUCUUUCAGAAUAAUCAUAUUAUUGGUGUUGUAAAUGUGUAAUGUUUAUGAGCAAAUUUAAUAAACUUUAUAGCAAGCAAGCUUGAAAUUUGCUCAUAAUUGUCUUAUAUGUUAUGUGGUGUAAUUAUAAAGGCCAAAGGAACAUUUAUUGUUUCCAGCUAUACAAUUCAUGUUGUAAUUUAAAAAUUUCACUUCAAGUCAAAUUGGCAAUUUUGUACUUACCCAAUAAUCAAACAGAUGUUUUUUGAAGUAACAGAUUAAUUCAAUAAUGAAUAUUUUUUCAAAAUUUUCAUAUUUUCACCUAUUGGAAGUAGAUGUCCUGAUGCUAGUAAUAUAAUAAAUACUAUAAUAAUUGAUAUUUUGAAAUAUGUGUAUUUAUAAAUUGAAUAUGUGGUUGUGAUUGUGGAAAAUGUUUAACCUUUUUAAAACACAAAGAAUUUACAUUUUAACUAAAAACCCAAACUAUUGUUGUCAAAUAUAACAUUAUUUUGCCUCACCAAGGUUUAGAUGUUCCUAAUAUUAGUUUUAUAGUGUUACACAUAAUUCCUUAAGGGCAUUUGUUAAUGAGUCUUGAUGUUAAUCUUUAUUUAGUGCUUUAUUCUGGCCUCACGUUUUUUUAUUAUGUGUUGUUAUCUUCCGGUAGUAUUCGCGGUGAUUGAUAAGAGUUCUCUGCCUACCAACUAUUGUUUCACCAGGAAUAAAAACCUCCAGAAUUAUAUGUUGCGUGACGUAGGUUUUUGUAUCUCAGGUGUGUGUAUGUUUUUAACACAACGCCACAAUGCGAGUAGUACUAAGUGGUUAAUAAUAAGCCCCUUUUUCAUAAAAAAUAAGUCUUAUUUUGAAUAAAGUACUCUGAUAUGUUACCUAAAAAGUACUUUAUUUAGAAAAAUCAGACUGAUUUGAGUUUUCUAUGAAUAAUGGGAAAAGAGGGGAUGUGUUUAUCCACAUUCUUAAGUUUUUCUCCUAAAUGUGACCUUUAUGGAAAUAAUAUUCUUAGCUAUUAAUAUUAGCAUUGAUAUUAACUCAUGCAAUAUCUGGCUUUUAUCCAGUUGCAAUUAUGGAUCUUCAAAUAAAGAUGACUUAGUGCUAAAUAUGAGAUCGUUUGUUGUUUAUGUUGCCAUUAACUAGUCAUGUUAAAUGUUCAUAUUAAAUUUGAUUUUAUCAGUGCAAUAUUCAAUUUGUAUUCACCUAUUAUUUGUGAUAAAAUACGUAAAUUAAUUAGGGAGUAUUUUUAUAUGCAAUCAUGUAUGAUUCAGAUGUCAGUAAGGCCUAUUUUAUAGUACAACAUUCUUUACAUCUAGUCUCAAGUGGGUCCAACAUUUUCAUGAAUAAUUAUUAUUUGGUUUAGCUUUGGCAGUUCUCGAUUCCUUCGCGGUAAUUGAUUCGCACAGACUACGUCUUAUUCAGAUACAUCAUGUUAAGAAAUUUCAGUUAUUUAUAGUGUUUUGUCGUCUUCACUCAGCGUUGCUCAUACAAACAUGUUUUAGUACCUACUUAAAAUUCAUCACAGACGCAUGAUGUCUUUUAAGCGUCAACUAUAAUGCAUGCUGUUAAGUUUAUGUUAUUAUGUACUGACAUGCACAAUGGUGCUAAUUCUGAUGUAGGCGAAUAGAAAAUAUUAAAGAAUGGAAAGGAAAUGUUUUCCAGUACAUUAUUGAGUUAACAGAGCCCUUGUUAUGACCACUGUUAAUGUUAAAAUUAAAUGAAGUCUUGUGAUACGAUUCAGAAACGAGGCUGAAGGCUUUUAACUCUCGUACGUUAGAUAUGUAUUUGAAGUACAUACCUCAAAGAUUUUGACAGACCGAAGUAGGUAAUAUUUCGCGCUCAGCCUUGUUUCUGAAUCUCACCCUGGUAAGGGAGUUCGAAUAAUAAGAGUAUUGACUUGCUACGCAGUCUAGUAUCUACAUCAUAUUUAGCACCAUUAUUCUAUAUUCUUAUGUACUAGGUGAUAUCGUUGUUGUGUGAUAUAACUCGGAUAUCCGAUUCAAAUCAUUUUGAAUUAUUCGUUUUGAAUGGAUUUUUCAAAUUUUAAGGUACAAUACUAAAAAUGGGAUUUGUUUUUAAUAGACACACGUGUACUUGAAAUUUUAAUAUGUGUUAACUAAUUAUGUGAAUAAAGAAUGUAUAUAAA